UCACCGGCACGAGAUUAGCGCAGUCGCGCUUCAGCGAGCUCGUCCUGAAGCCGCACAGCAGCCAUCGCUCCGGCGCAGGCCGCCGACCUGACCUCCUCCACCACCUCCAACCUCCCUGCCUCGCGCGCGCUCCCUCUCACUAACAUAUCACCAGCGAGCUACUUGGACAAUGUCCUUCACCCCGUCGCGCCCAAGGUGUUCGGCUCAAUGACGCGCCGGGCAGCGGCCUCGCUUAACAAGUCGCUCACUGGGUUCCUCGCGCACGAAGAUCCGGAGAAGCUCCUGUCGCUCUUCGCAGCCAAGGUCAGGCAGUGCAGGGGCCUUGGCUCUGUUGAUUUCGCGUGCGCCUUGCGCGAGUGCAGGGGCAGCGGCAAGCGCUGGCCGCUCGUUCCGGAGAUCCACGCGAAGGCGAUCACAUGUGGGCUCGGGGGAGACCGGAUCGCUGGCAACCUGCUGAUUGAUUUGUACGCGAAGAAAGGGCUUGUGCAGCGCGCGAGGCGUGUGUUUGAGCAGCUAUCUUCCAGGGACAAUGUUUCUUGGGUUGCAAUGUUGUCAGGGUAUGCACAGAAUGGUCUUGGACAAGAAGCUGUUGGGCUAUACCACCAGAUGCAUCGCUCCGGUGUUGUUCCCACGCCUUACGUUCUGUCUAGUGUACUCAGUGCUUGCACUAAAGCUGCGCUUUUUGAGCAAGGGCGGUUCGUUCAUGUCCAAGUUUACAAGCAAGGGUUGUGCUCUGAAACUGUUGUGGGGAAUGCGCUUAUUGCACUGUACUUGCGGUUCGGAUCUUUUAGCCUGGCGGAAAGAGUAUUUUCUGAGAUGCCGUACUGCGAUAGAGUAACGUUCAAUACACUGAUCUCGCGACAUGCUCAGUGUGGAAAUGGUGAGAGUGCUUUGGAGAUAUUUGAGGAGAUGCGCUUGUCAGGCUGGACGCCUGAUUGUGUAACCAUUGCUAGUCUCCUUGCAGCUUGUGCCUCUAUUGGGGAUCUGAAUAAGGGCAAGCAGCUCCAUUCUUAUCUGCUAAAAGCAGGCAUGUCUCCGGAUUACAUAAUUGAAGGUUCGCUUCUUGAUCUCUAUGUGAAAUGUGGUGAUAUUGUGGAAGCCCUCGAGAUCUUCAAAUCGGGUGAUAGGACAAAUGUAGUGCUAUGGAAUUUGAUGCUUGUUGCAUAUGGGCAGAUUAGUGAUCUAGCAAAAUCUUUUGACCUCUUUUAUCAAAUGGUAGCUGCAGGGGUACGCCCUAACCAAUUCACAUACCCAUGCUUGUUAAGGACUUGCACUUACGCUGGAGAAAUUAACCUUGGAGAGCAGAUUCAUUCACUAAGCAUAAAGACUGGCUUUGAGUCCGAUAUGUAUGUCAGUGGUGUACUGAUAGAUAUGUAUUCUAAAUACGGGUGGCUUGAUAAGGCUCGAAGAAUUCUUGAAAUACUUGAAGCAAAAGAUGUGGUCUCCUGGACAUCGAUGAUCGCUGGAUACGUGCAACAUGACUUUUGCAAAGAGGCCCUUGAAACAUUCAAAGAUAUGCAGCUAUUUGGAAUUUGGCCUGAUAACAUAGGGCUAGCAAGUGCUAUAAGUGCUUGUGCUGGAAUUAAAGCGAUCCGUCAGGGUCUGCAGAUUCAUUCUCGGGUUUAUGUGUCUGGUUAUUCAGCAGAUGUCUCCAUUUGGAAUGCGCUGGUAAACCUUUAUGCACGAUGUGGAAGAAGCAAAGAAGCUCUCUCUUUAUUUGAGGCAGUUGAACAUAAAGACAAGAUAACAUGGAAUGGACUGGUAUCUGGUUUUGCACAGAGUGGUCUAUAUGAAGAGGCCCUUGAGGUAUUUAUUAAGAUGUAUCAAGCAGGUGUCAAGUAUAACGUGUUCACCUUUGUAUCCUCUAUUAGUGCAUCAGCUAACCUUGCAGAUAUAAAACAAGGAAAGCAAAUACAUGCUACAGUUACUAAAACAGGUUACACCUCUGAAACUGAAGUUGCCAAUGCGUUGAUUUCACUGUAUGGGAAAUGUGGCAGCAUUGAAGAUGCCAAGAUGCAGUUCUUUGAAAUGUCUGAAAGGAACGACGUGUCAUGGAAUACUAUUAUUACAAGUUGCUCACAACAUGGACGUGGCCUAGAGGCUUUGGAUCUAUUUGAUCAAAUGAAGCAAGAAGGUCUAAAACCAAAUGAUGUGACCUUCAUAGGCGUUUUAGCUGCUUGCAGUCAUGUGGGUCUGGUAGAGGAGGGUCUUGGUUACUUUGAAUCCAUGUCUAGUGAGCAUGGAAUCCAUCCAAGGCCUGAUCAUUAUGCUUGUGUUGUAGACAUUCUUGGACGAGUUGGGCAACUUGACCGGGCAAGGAAAUUUGUUGAGGAAAUGCCUGUAUCUGCUAAUGCAAUGGUUUGGAGAACCCUUCUCAGUGCUUGUAGAGUGCACAAAAACAUCGAAAUUGGGGAGCUUGCAGCCAAGUAUCUACUGGAGUUAGAACCUCAUGAUUCAGCAUCAUAUGUCCUCCUUUCAAAUGCAUAUGCUGUUACUGGGAAAUGGGCUUACAGGGAUCACGUCAGAAAGAUGAUGAAAGACAGAGGAGUCAGAAAAGAGCCCGGCCGUAGCUGGAUUGAAGUAAAGAACGUGGUUCAUGCUUUCUUUGUUGGUGAUCGGUUGCACCCAUUGGCUCAUCAGAUUUACAAAUAUUUGGCUGACGUAGAUGACAGGUUAGCCAAAAUAGGGUACAGACAAGGGAACUAUUUUCUUUUCCAAGAAAAAGAGAAAGAACAAAAGGACCCCACUGCUUUUGUCCAUAGCGAGAAGUUAGCUGUGGCCUUUGGAUUGAUGAGUUUGCCUCCUUCUAUGCCCCUUAGAGUCAUUAAGAAUCUCCGUGUCUGCAACGAUUGCCACACUUGGAUGAAGUUUACCUCUGAAGUCAUGGGAAGAGAAAUUGUAUUGCGAGAUGUGUACAGAUUUCACCAUUUUAACAAUGGCAAUUGUUCAUGUGGAGGCUUCUGGUGAAAUGUGUUGAAGUUAAGUUCUUGAAGUGCUCCUCCUGAAGUCCCCUAUGUUUCCAUUUGUGAUCAUCAAGGUGUUACUUCAAUCUAUUCAUGUGUGGGAUACACCUCUUUGUUGGCCUGUCAUCCAGAUAUCUAAAUUUGGAAGCCAGCACAAUCAAUACCACAAAACAGGGAUCUAUAACCUUUUUUUUAAAGGUCCACUUUUCAACCCUCAACUAUUGCAGAAGUUCAUAUUUCAACCCUGAACUUUAAACUCCCCACUUGGUUUGUGCGUGAAGCAACAGUACAAGUCCCAUCUCACCGUUGAUUUCCCAGGGCAAUAUGGACUAUCUACAUUCUGUCAAAAACUGAUGGGUCCUCUCCUUGCCCAUAUGCUACCAGCCGACGACGCUGCCUUCACGUUCUCGUCCUCCCCAAGUCCAUCAAUGUCCCCGUCGCUGCGCUCGUUUGUCCAGCUUGAUCUAAUUCAUGACUUUAUCCAUGAUGACGCCCCCUAUUAGCUGCUGCGGUUGAAAUGCAACAUAUAUAACUGACGACAACCACGGCGCCGCCAUCGCAGUAGCAGCUGUUUCCGUUGCGGGACUCGGCCCAACCACAAAGAAUGCAGAGCACCUGCAGUAUGUGGAAGCCAGCUGGAGAUGUACAUCCGAUAGAAGGUUUCUCCCGCCCCAUCACGCUGUCGCCACCGCAUCGACUCCGCUCGGACGCCCGACCAUGACGAGCUUCAUAUCUUUCUCCUCGUGUUUGCCAUCGGCAGCCGAAUGAGCUAUUCCGAUGAGCCUCCCCACCGCACUAUACGCCAGACCAGUUUGUUCCCCGCCGCAUCGAUGAGUCUGACUGGCCCAAAGCCUCAAACACUCGCCGAAUUGGACCUCAGGCCUCCUUGCUGGGCUGCCAGCCCGUCUGGGCGGAUACUCCUGCCUCCACCGGAGAAGCUGGCAACUGGCAUCGAUGUGGAGAAGUUGGCAUCUAGGAGUUGAGGAAGUCAGGCAAUUGGCUGUGGGCUCACGGUUUAUUUCAACCAUCUCCCUGAGCUUCCCAACAAAGCUAAAUGCGGCAUCUUCUGAGACAAUUGCCUUAACCAGCGGAGUUAAAUCAUGACCUUUGUCACUGAUCAAUCUAUCAAAUAUUGCCGCACAAAGAGAUAAUAAAGCUGCGUGCAAUUUCCUGUCCACAGAUUCCUCAUCCUUUUCCUGAAGAGAGGAAAUGAUUUCGUCCGGACCAUUGUCUUGUGAUGAAACACAACUCUCAUGGCCAUCUUCUAAGUCAGCUCCUGGUGGCUGAUACUUGUCUUUAUCUGUUUCAUUUCUUGCUUGUACUUCCUUCCUUGUUGAUCCAUGAGGAAGUAUUUGAAUGAGAACCUGCAAUGGCAAGAGCAUGUUUAAUUUGACCAGGGUACAAAGCUAUUUAGAUGAGAAGAAACGGUAAUAAUUCAAGUGAGAGAACAAGAAAACAAAAUAAAGUUCACCUUUGGCGUGACAUCUUUCAUGGCUUUCAUGAGUUCCUUGAAACAAUCUUCAUUCUCUUUGUAAUGCAUACAAAGAUGUUUCAGGGUUUCAGCUGCAGUUAUUCUGUAUGUGUUGUGGUCAGCCUUAAAGAGCAUCCUACUUAGAUCAUCGACAACACCACCAUUAGAAGAUGGUAGCAUAUUUUUCGCUUAGCAUCGCCAGUGCUUCCCCUGCCAAUUUUCUGAUGGAGCUAUCUUGGGUUUCAGAAUCAGAAGUGAAGAUGCGAGCCAUUGUCUCGAUGAAUUUUCCUCGGCUUUUGGUGCCCACUCCUGGAGCUGCAUCCAUGAGUAGUUUUGUGAGAAUUUUGAUGACUAAUUCUCGCCGGUGCUUCCGGGAGAAGUCACGAUGCGGCACAUGACUUGCAGUGAUGCUGCAGCUACACCAAACCGUUCGUCAUGAUCAAUGAGGUGGAGCAUAUCAGAG